CUCGACCUAACCGAGCUCAAUUUAGUGCUGCACUCAUUUGUUUUGUUUCCGUGUGCCAAAGCUAGCCUAGCUAGCAGCAAGCUCGAACACACAAAGUCCUCCCCGCUGUGUUCUUUCAGCUGAACUGAAACCCCGACGCAAUGAAACCCGCCGUGGACGAGAUGUUCCCCGAAGGAGCCGGACCCUACGUGGACCUGGACGAGGCAGGGGGCAGCAGCGGGCUCCUGAUGGACCUGGCAGCCAAUGAGAAAGCGGUGCACUCUGAUUUCUUUAACGACUUCGAGGAUCUGUUCGAUGACGACGACCUGCAGUGACCUCGUGCGUGUUCCUGUCACCGGGGAAAUGGGAUUACUCUGACUUCAAGUUCUCUCCUAUUUGUACAGCCCCCCCCCCCCUCCUACACGUGUCCCACCACCUUAACAGAAUAAAGAUUU